GUGGUGGUACUAGCGACUGUCAUGUAUUAUAAACAAAUCUUGUUUACUAUUACUGGAAAAUUUUAAUUUUAAACUUUUGAUUGAAAAUUUUGUGAGAAUGGCACCUGCAAAGAAAGUUAGAACGUACGUAAAUUCAAAUACUAGUUUAGUUAAUAACUCUAUAGAUGCUUUUAAUAUUUUAUUUGCAAAAAAUAUGACAAAACGGCUAUUAGGAAGAAAGAAACAAAAACUCAAAAUUCAAGAAUUGCCCACAAGAAGAAACUGCGAAUCUUUAUUAAAAGAUGAUUCUUUACAAAUAAGUACAGAAGAUACAUUUGACAAAUUAUUAAAAACUAAAAAGAGUCCACCAAAACCACCUACCAUACAUGAUUCUUUAAAGUCAAAUUCUGGUAAUGAAAACAAGAUUUUAGUAUCAUCACCAAAGACUAGACGACAAAAAGCCAAUUUGUGUUUGACUAAUGAUUCUAACAGUCAACAAUCUCAGUUAAGCCAUCUACAUCAACCUUCAACAGAAAGGAUUGAAGAAAGUCUGGAAAUUGAGACCAUUAAGAAGAAACCAAAUACUUCGUUGAGUUACAUAACAAUACCAAAAAAUAUAAGUUUGAUGGAAAAUAGUAGUAAUCAUUUUGCAAGAAAUCUGCAACAGAAACUUGUACAUUGUAGUACUCCCAUAGCUCCUUCUAAGGCCGAAAUUGAAAAUUACACAAUAUCUCCAAUAAAAGUUAAUUCUUUACUAAAGAAAUCGUUUCAGCAAAUUGACAGCUGGAACAAUGAAUUUCCUGCACCUACUAGUAUAAAUACACCUCUGAGAAGAUUAAUUUUUGAUAAGAACAAUUCUAAAUAUGCACCACCUUCAAUGGUCUUGAAAGAAUAUUCUCCAAAAAUAAAUAAUUCAAAAGAUUUUAAUUCACCUGGUAGAAGAACAAGUUUUAUAACACUGAGACAUAGAAAAGUUAUAAAAUCUUUCAAGAAAAGACAUAAAUAUAUAUCCAGAAAAAAUAAAGCUAUAACAAGUUUUGAAUCUUUUGCUAAAUCCGAAAUUCAACAUAUAUCUCUUCCCAACCAGCAGGAGAGUUUGAUAUCUCAGCUAUCAACUGUGAAUUUUGUCACGAAAAGAAAAAUCACAACAUUUAACACAACAACACAUAAAAAACAUUCCUCUCUUUUUGAUGAUGGUUCCCAUGAAGAAUCAGAUAACAAAAACAAAGAAAAAAAUAAAGAGUUGUAUAUAAAAAUGCCCAAUAUAUCAAUUAGUGAUGUGCCUAAUUCAGUAACAAAUUUUGAAAAGUUUUAUUCACAUAAUUUAAGUCCCCAACUUAUGGAUAAUACAGAAGAUUUAUCUGAAGUUCAAACUACUAGUAAAUUAAACAAUUCGGGCCUUAAUCAUCAAUACCAAUCUGUUUCAAAAGAAGAUCAACAAGAAUUUCCUGUAAUACAAAAAGAAUUAAAGGUUGUUUUAAAAAAUAUCUCUGGACAAAAUGCUCCAACAGAUACAGUUCUUGGUUUUAACCAGACAGAAGAUUUAAGAAUUAAUGUGGCAAAUUCACCAGUGCUGGAAUCUAAAGAAGAGGACUUUGAAUCAUUCUAUGCUAGCAAUUUGGACCUUAAUCAUCAAGAACAAAUUCUCAAAGAGGAUCAAAACACAUUACCUCUAAAUAAAAAACAAUUAAAGGUUAUUUUAACAAAUAUUUUUGAAAAAAAUUCUCAAGAUAAAUUUCUCUCUAUGAAUAAUACAAAUGUUAACAAAUGCACAGAAGAAGACAACAGAGUAUUGUCACCAAAUGGUAAUACUCAUAGCUAUGAAGAAUGUGGACAAAUUUCUUCUAAACAUGUCUUUUCAAACAAAAAACUUGUAGUCAAACUUAUAGCAAAUGAUUACAGCCAUCUGAUGCCAAUUUGCACUGAAAGAUUAGUCAGAGACAAAAAAAGUUUGGAUAUUGUUGAAACUAAUCAUACAACUGAAGUUUACUCUGAAUUACAAGUUGAUCAAAUAUUUAUGAAUAUAUCCAAUAGGGAACACUUUGAAACCUUUUAUACUAACAAUUAUGGGGAUAAAACCAAUCUCACAGAGAAACAAAUUUGUUCUAUAAGUAAUACUUCUUAUGGUUCUGACAUAAUAGAAAGUUCUAUAAUAGAAACAUUUGCUAAAGAUAAUAAAAGAGCUAAAAAACAUUAUACAAGAGAAAUCAGUUUACGAAAAAGGCCAUCCACUUACAAUAUUACUGAUAACGUUAAAAGUAGCCGUUCUUCCAGAAAAUCUUCAUUUGUGCAUGUAACAGCUGAGGAUGAUUUAAUAGAUUCCGAUGGAAAUGGUAUGUGUGAAACAAUUGUACAAGCAGAUAAAACAAUUCAACCUAAUAGAAUUAAAAAAUCAAGAUCAGGUAAUAGCUCACAAAAUAAUAGAAGCAUUAUCGUGCAUAUAACAGCUGAAGAUUCAUUAAAAUCUCUCAAUAAUAUCGGAGAAGAAGAAAUUAUAUUAAAUAAUGAAAAUGAAAAUCCUAUAUGUCCUAAGAAGAGUAUUAAUAACAUUUUAGAUGCUUCUGAACAUGGAAUUAACAUACCCGAUAGUAGUACAACUGAAUCUAGUUCUUAUAAACGUAGCAGAAGUAAAUAUAAAACACACAAGAGUAAAGAGAAUAUUAAUUUAAAUAUAUCUGAAGAUUCAGCAACUAAGGAAGGAUUAUCAGAUGUUAAAAAUAAGAGCAGUAAGCCAAGAACUCAAAGAAUACAUGAAGAUGAAGAAAAAUCAUACAAUUUAAAAGUUCAGGUUUCAGUAGAAAAUAAAAUUUCUGAUGAUGCUCAAACAAAGCAAAGAGUCGUUGUUGAAAGAAGUAUCGAGGUUGUUUCUGAAUAUACGAAAGAAAAGGAAAUUGAGGGUUCAACGAACCUGGAGUCUGAUGAUUAUGUUUUAAGUACCAAAAAUAGAUCUGCUAGUAAAUACAGGAAGUCUAAGAGAAAAAAUGAAAAUGAGUCUGUAAAACUAAAUGCUUCAAGAUCCAAUGAUCCAAGUGAAAUUCAAUCUGAGAUUAAUGAAGCAAACACAAACAGAAGUACAACAAAUGUUCCUCAAGAAAAAAGUGAAAGUUUGUCUAUGAGCUCAGAUCUUGUAAAUAGUUCAUAUGUAGAUUCAAAUUAUUUCAAGGCGCCAAAAAGUUUUAAAUCACCCAAAUCUGUAGUACUGAAAGCUGGAAAAAGUUGGAGGAGAUCUUUGUCCUUAUAUAAAAGAAGUACAUUAUUCUCAAGACCUGCCAAAGAUGACCAAUCAUCUUCAUUUACUAGAAAAACAGUCACCCCUGGCAAAUCUUCACGGAUAACAAGUUCAAAACCUUCAAGACGGUCAUCUGUAAGGUUUGUUGCUGUGAAACCAUUACCGAUUUUACAAGUAAAAACUAAUACAGUUUUGGAAGAUUAUGCAAUAAAUGCAAGUUAUGUACCAGAUCAAAUCCUUGAGGCGAGCUUGGAAGAUAGUUUUAGAUGUCUUUCGUUAAAUCAAAACCAACAAAGGAACAGUUCGCUUGCUAAGAAUCAACAAUUAGGAGUACCCGUCACAGCCAGAGAAAUCGUUUUGAGAAAAUGUGGACAAACGGAGCCUAUUCAGUUUCACAAUGUUUUACAGACAGGUGUUAAAAAAUUAGAAAGUCUCCUUCAGAAUUGUCAAAAAAUUGGAGAAGGGGUUUACGGAGAGGUUUUCCUCUUACGGAAUCCCGAUGGAGGAACAUCAGUGCUGAAAAUUAUUCCAGUGGAGGGAGACCAAAUCGUUAACGGAGAAAGACAGAAAAAAUUUGAGGAAGUUUUAUCAGAAAUCAUAAUCACAAUAGAACUGAGUAAUCUCAGACACAACAAGAGAAAUGGAAUAUCUUCGUUUACAGAAGUUCAGAAAAUACAAUGUGUUCAAGGAACAUACCCUGAAAAACUUAUAGAUCUGUGGGAUCUAUUUGACGAAACUCGAGGAUCUGAGAACGAUUGCCCAGAUACGUUUAAAGAAGAUCAGUUGUACAUAGUUUUUCAGAUGGCUUACGGAGGAAAAGAUUUGGAAUCUUUCGUUUUCAACAACGCAAUGCAGGCUUACUCCAUGUUUCAGCAGGUUGCAUUAGGCUUGGCGAUAGCCGAAGAAGAGCUACAAUUCGAACAUCGCGAUCUUCAUUGGGGAAACGUUUUGAUAUCUACAGUAGAAACCAAUAAAAUAGUAUCGUUUACGUUGGAAAACAAAACAUAUAACAUACCCACCAUUGGUGUUGAAGUUGCCAUCAUUGAUUACACUCUGUCUAGAAUUGAGCAUGAUGGAGUUGUAAUAUUCAACGAUCUUGGAUUGGAUCCAGAUUUGUUUACUGCCGAAGGAGACUAUCAAUUUGACAUCUAUAGAUUGAUGCAGGAGAAAAACAGAAACAACUGGAAGGACUUUGAGCCGUUCUCCAAUCUCUUAUGGCUUCACUACAUUUUAGACAAAGCGAUUUUGGGUUUAAGAUACAAAGCCCGAAAACUAAAAUCCACAAGACUUAUUUAAGAAAACUCACAAACCUGAAGGAUGACAUUUUGUCCUAUCAAAAUGUCAAAGAUUUUAUAGUUGCUAAUUUGUUAGACAUAUAAAUUAAAAGUUUGUAUUUUGUUAUAUACCAUGUGUUUAUCUUUUAUAUACAAUAAUAAAUGUUUACAUUAAGGUAGCUGGAUUCAGAACAAAAGUAAAAAUAUUGUUUACUAAAUUACUUAACUAAAUAUAAAUUUGUUUUAAAAAAUUAGUACUAGAUCGUUUUUGCCUGCUAGUUUUUUUAUGAAGAUACAUCAAACCAAACUAGGAUCCAAAAUUUCCAAAGUCCUGCUGCUUGGGAAAUAAAUGACUGUAUAAUAUUAUCUGUACAAAAAGAUUGUAAAACUUGUGCUUCUUUUAAAAUAAGGAAAAAUAAACGAAUCUCGACCAGUAAACUUAGCUAAUACAUUUUUCAAAAUUUUUUUGCUAUUGGGUGCCAAACGUUUGCUUAGAAAGUUUUUAAAUAAUGAAUAUUUUUGGAAAACUUGAAUAUUUUUACUACCUACUUCAAGGGAAAAUUAAGUUGUCAUUUUUUUGAAUAUGUACUUUAAUUAAAACCAGCUGCCAUUAAUACUGUACAAAAUAGAAAUUAAAAAUAUAUAUUCUCUGCAAUUCCUUUAUGUACAAAAUUGUUUACAAAUAUUUACAAUUAAUUUUUUAUUUGUGUAAAGAAAUGUUGCCAUAUUUUUCAAAAUCGAUUAGAAUAUUUUAGGUGCCUUAUUGUGUAAUAUAACGCACAUUUUUUUAGAUAUGUGUUUGUGUGUAACUAAAAAUGUAGAAACUCACUCAAUGACUAAUAAGGUCACUGCAAAUAUUUUUUAUGCUGCUGUGUAGAUAUGUACAAAAGGUGUUGAUUUUUAUACUGCGAAUAAAUCGUUCUAUGAUGUAUAUUUGUUUUUAUUCUUUCCCAAGAUACCCUGAUUCUGAAUUUUUUGAAUUGAAAGUUGAGA